CGGCAGCAGCAGUCUGUCCUCAUCACUCCUUGUCUUUAUAUCUCCUCGCCUGGUCUCCUCGUCUGGUUUGUUGUUGUUGUUGUUUUUUCACAAAGGGAAAACACUGGAAAAUUCAUACUCUCUCAGGCUGGAUUCACUCGUUUUCACCAAUGGAUGGAGUUUAUUCCCCGGCAAGUACAGUGACUUCUUAAAAACUUCACACACUGUGCUGGGUGCUCCUCCUGAAGUUUUCCCCGGGAUGGAGCAGCGUGGAGGUGCAGGAGGAGGGGGAACAGAGAACCCUGGCCUUCAGGACCAUGACAGCCCGGACGAGAGAGGGGACAGCCCUGCCUCCAGUGGCCUCCCGCCGGGCAAACUGAGCCGCCUGGAGGUCAACGGCAGCCCGGCAAACCACCGAAGCCGACAGAACGGCACACCGCUGAGACCACUGGGAGGUUUGAUGAUCCCGGUCUACUGUGUGGUCGAGCAUGCGGACGUGGGCGUGGCUGGCGGUGACUACGAGGGACACGGUGACCGCCACGCUGAGUUUGUGUUGGUUCGUAAGGACGUCCUCUUCACGCAGCUGGUGGAGACGGCGCUGGUCGCUCUCGGGUACUCGCACAGCUCGGCCGUACAGGCACGUGGCAUCAUUAAAGUUGGCCGCUGGAAGCCAAUGCCCAUCCACUACCUAACAGACGCACCAGAGGCAACAGUGGCUGACAUGCUGCUGGAUGUUUACCACAUGGUUACACUGAGGAUCCUGCUGCACAGCUUUGCCCGGCUGGAGGAGCUGCCGUCAGAGCAGUGGACCCACGCCACAGUGAGGAACGCCCUCAAAGAGCUGCUCAGAGAGACCAACCAGAGCGCUCUGGCCAAGGAGUGCCCUCUCUCCCAGAGCAUGAUCUCAGCGAUAGUCAACAGUUCCUACUACGCCAAUGUUUCCACCUCAAAAUGCCAAGAGUUUGGACGCUGGUAUAAGAGGUACAAACGCAUCAAAGGUGAAUACAUUGAGAAGAUGUGGUCAGCGCAGGACAAAUCAGAUAUAAAAGUGGAGAGAGAUUUGGACCUGAACGUCAUCAGCCAGCGUCCUCCCUCCCUCUUACCCUCCCCGACCCAUUUGGGCACCGUCAGCGGCCCCGGAGCUCUUCCCAUCAAGAGCGGCCUCGGGGACGCCCAGACCGCCACCCAGCCUCACUGUCUGCCCCACCCCGCCGGCCAGCACCACCCCAGCCCUCCUCUGCGUCCCCAGGCCCCGCCGCUCCUGGGCCACAGCGGUCUCCUCUCCCCCCAGCUCUCCCCUCAGCUUGUCCGCCAGCAGCUCGCCAUGGCCCACCUCAUCAACCAGCAGCUGGCCGUCAGCCGCCUGCUCGCCCAUCAGCACCCGCAGGGAGUCAACCAGCAGUUCCUCAACCACCCGCCCAUCUCCAGGACCUGCAAGGGCUCCGGCGCCGUGGCCGAGCCCGGCCUCAACUGCUCGGGGGCCGAAGUGUCCUCCGACAUUUACCAGCAGGUCAGGAACGAGCUGAAGAGGGCCAGCGUUUCCCAGGCAGUGUUUGCUCGCGUGGCUUUUAACCGCACACAGGGUUUGCUGUCAGAGAUCCUUCGUAAGGAGGAGGAUCCUCGCUCGGCCUCCCAGUCGCUGCUGGUCAAUCUGAAGGCCAUGCAGAACUUCCUCAACCUGCCCGAGGGCGAGCGAGACCGCAUCUACCAGGAGGAGAGAGAGAGGAGCACCAACAGCAACCACAACCACUCCACCAACCACAUCUCCAACACCAACUCACACAGACACAUACAGACAAAGUGCAGCGUGUCAGGUGCAGAGCUGCCGCUGAAGCUGGAGUCGCUGGUGAACAUCACGUCUGGGAUCUACGAGGAGAUCCAGCAGGAGAUGAAGAGGGCGAAGGUCUCCCAGGCGCUGUUCGCCAAGGUGGCCGCCAAUAAAAGUCAGGGUUGGCUGUGUGAGCUGCUCAGGUGGAAAGAGAGCCCGAGCCCUGAUAACCGCACGCUGUGGGAGAACCUGUGCACUAUCAGGAGGUUCCUGGCGUUACCGCAGGCCGACCGAGACCAGGUCUACGAAGAGGAGUCGAGGCAGCAGCACAGCGACAGGCUUCACACCGUCCUCCACAUCUCAGACCAGCAGGCACUCCACAGACAGCCCCUGCCACCUCUGACAUCCCCAUCUCCAAUUCAUGAGGACCCACAGCCCGUCCCACUGCCGGUGCUGCACAGCUCAGAGGACGGGCCCCAGUGUGGGAUGAGCCCCGGCCUCGGGAGUGGAGGACCGAAGAAAGCCCGUUCGCGGACGCGGAUUUCCCUGGAGGCCCUGGGAAUCCUGCAGAGCUUCAUUGGCGACGUGGGCCUCUACCCCGACCAGGAGGCCAUCCACACCCUGUCGGCUCAGUUAGACCUGCCCAAACACACCAUCGUCAAGUUCUUCCAGAACCAGCGCUACAACGUCAAGCACCACAGCCAGGCCAGAGAAUCUGUCCCCGAGGAGGACGACAGGGAGAGCUCCAGUCCCAGCGAGGGGGGAAUCGGAGCGGUGGAGAGCCGAGGGGAGGAGGGCUUCUCUGCAUCCGAGGAGUCAAGUGAGGACGGGAGAGGAUCGGUGGAGGAGUUCAGAACAGAGAGAGGAGACAAAGGAGAGGAAAGAGAGGUGGAAAUGGAGGUGGAGAAGGAAGACGGAGGGGACGAUGGGAAAGCCUCGGGGCCAGCAACUUCCUCCCUGUCCCCCUACAGCAGCCUGGACAGCCCCCACUCUGCAGAGCAGCAGAGAUAACAGCACAGAGACCAGACCUGAGAGGAACAUUAGAUGGAAACAGAGGACACCAUCUAACUGUGAAGACCACACACAGAUAACCUGUGAAUAAACACACACAUUUUCAUCACUAUUAUCAUCACCAUCACCUUUGCCAGAGUUGAUGAUCAGAGCUCGUUAACAUCUGAGGAACUGUGGGAAAAUGUUGAUGUAAGGUUUGACUGAAAAAGGGACCUGAAGGCACCGCUGCCUUCAGACACUACCAGUAUUUUUAUUUUGAUGCUGUCAACACCCAGCUUCUGGUGAGGAUAGAAAAAGUAUCAAAUGACAUUAGCUCUUCACCACAUUCCACUGAAACACAGAUUACACAUUAAGACUAAAAUCUUUGAGUUGAUUUAGCCUUUGUUUUAAAGUGAUACUCCAUACAUAAACCAAGUGCUGCAGCACAAUCCACUUCAUUUAAAUACACAGCCUUCUUUGCAGUUAUCAUCAUACAGGGAGGCUGUGUAUUAACCUUACAGGAUUUUGACUUAAAGGUAUUCAUUUUCCGUACAGACAGUGCAGUGGAUUAUGCUGCAGGAAUGGAUUCGAUCAUUUGUUUCCAACCCACUAAAGCUGUUGUGUAAAACCACACAGAAAGAAUUGUUCUGGACAGAUAUUAGAAACAAACAUAAAGACACAUAGAGGAACUUCCAUCAGGUCAGAGGUGGAGACACUUGGUUCAUAUCUGUCUUGUCUUGUUGGGCUGAGAUGUCAUUAAAAUGGAGCCAAGGAUAAACUUACUGACACUGUACCUCAUGUGAAGGGCAUUCACCUUUGGGAAAUGGAGACAUGCAGGACAAUAGCACUAAAUCAUCCUUCCAAAAUGAAGCCAACUUUCUAUUCUACUUGUUUUUUAUAUAUAUAUAUAAUUUAUUGUCUGAGUGUCCUUCCCAUGAUGCUUUAAGAGGUCCCUACAUUGACUGAGCUGUAUGUGACACUAAAGCCUUUACUGACAAUAAAUACCCCCCACAUCAAUAUUUAUUACUAACUUUAUAUUUACUACAAUCAAAGUAUUAUUGUUGUAAUUAGUUUUGCUAUGACUUUCUUCAACAGAUGUCUUUGUAAAUGUGACAAAAAAGAUGACGAGCAAGUCUAAAGAAGUUUGAUCUCAGUGUUACACAUGUUCAGUUUUGAAAUCAUGAUCCUUUUAUUUGCUAUUUCUAAAACAGACUCGACAGUUUUCUAGAGGACAUUCAUGUACAUUAUGAUGUAAAUGUUGACGAUCCACCUGCAAAAGUGAAUCUGUCAUCAUGUGUGGGAUGCAACCACUGUCACUUUACACUGUCAUGUGUAUUUUGUGCCACAAAGGAACAGGGUAUGAAAACAGAUGAUUUACAUUUAUAGUCUGUUUGAGUUUGACAAUCACCUCUGUCCUGGACGGAGCGCACAACAUUUCCAAUUCGUUCCACUUUGAUGUUUAACCAUUGUUUGUUUGAUUCUGUUGUGGACGGGACAUGAAAAUCUGAUAAAACUUUUCCAAAGUA